UUGGCUCCAACAAAAUGGCUCCUGUGCCAGACAAACAGAGGUAACCGUCUCUUGUGUUGUGAACCACAGCAUGCGAGCAGAAGGCUGAACUGUCAUCUCCUGUGGAUUACUGAGGACUGAGGAGAGACCCAGAGAGCACAGGGAUAUCGUAUCUAAAGAGACAAGUGACGGUAAAAAAAAUAUGGAGGAAGAAGAAUAUCCCUCAGGUGCUGUACACGGGAAACAUAUACAUUCAGAAUUUCCAAGUAACUUUGGAAAGGAGGAGUUGGCCUCCUCUAAACAUCGUGAAGACAUUCACGCACCUUCAGAACAUCAGAUUAAGGAGGAAUCUGUCUCCAAUGAAGAUGGAAACCUCAUCCACCACGACACUUAUUCAGCCGUGGAAAAUCCGCCUGUUUGUAUUAAGGUGGAAUCAGCCUCACCCGAUGAAGAAGAUGUCGCAGAUCUCCACGGUUACUCACCACCAGAAUACACGACUGUUGUUGUGAAAGAGGAAUCCGAUGGAAUGGAAGCCCAAAUGGAAUGCAUAGCCGUUCAAAUCAAAGACGACUCGGAUGGGGGUGGCAAUCACGCAGGAGAUAACAUUCCCACGGAACGCGAAGGAAAAGGAUACACGCGUGUUAAGAAGGAUGAAGUCUUGUCUGAGGAAGAACCUUUUGCAAGAGCUACACCAAGAAGCCACGUCUACGGAGGCAAUAAUUUUGAUCCUCAUAAUGAAAGCAUGGUAAAGAAAGGUAAAAAUGAGAGAAUUGGGUGUUUUUUAGUAAAGUGUAGCGAGUGUGAUGAGGUUUUUCGUUCUAAAGCCUCUUAUGCGUCUCACAAGAAGGCACAUGGCCCAGGGAAGAUGUUCAGCUGCACCGAGUGUCAAAAAAGUUUCUCCAGUAACUCCAUCCUCCUCAGACACCAAGCAACCCACAAAGGAGAAAGGCUGUCUUGUUCGGAAUGCGGCAAAAACUUCACGUAUAAAUCGAGUCUCGUCUACCAUCAGAAGAGUCACGCGUUAAAGAACCAGUUCCUGUGUUCCGCUUGCGGAAAGAGCUUCAGCGACAAGUCAAGUCUCGUCUACCACGAGAGAAUUCAUACCGAGGCCAAGCAGCACUCGUGCUCCGACUGCGGGAAAGUCUUUCCAGAUAACGUCUACCUCAUGAGGCAUCAGAAGAGUCACACGGGAGAGAAACCCUACUCGUGCUCCGAUUGUGGCAAAUCGUUUACGAGCAACACCAACCUCAUCACCCAUCGGAGGGUCCACACGCAAGAAAGGCCCUUUCCGUGCCCCGAGUGCGGGAAGCGUUUCUCGUGCAGCUCGCAUCUGGCCCGCCAUCAGAGAGGUCACACGGGGGAGAAGCCGUUCUCGUGUUCCGAAUGCGGGAAACGUUUCGUCAGUAACACCAACCUUAUCACGCACCGUAGGAUCCAUACGCAGGAGAAGCCGUUCGCUUGUUCCGUCUGCGGGAAGAGCUUCAACAACAGAUCCAAUUUCGCCAAACACCAGAGGAGCCACACGGGGGAGAAACCCUUUUCGUGUUCGGCCUGCGGUAAAAGUUUCACCGAUAAGUCCAGCCUCAUCACCCACGAGAGGAUCCAUACCGGAGAGAAGCCGUUCUCGUGUCCCGAGUGCGGGAAACGUUUUGCCCGCAGCUCGUCGUACAUCAAACAUCAGAGGAUUCACACGGGGGAGAAGCCGUUCUCCUGUUCGGCGUGCGGAAAACGCUUCAUCGAUAAAUCCAAUCUCGUUACCCAUCUCCAGAGCCACACAGGAGAGAAGCCGUACUCCUGCUCCGAGUGCGGGAAGUGUUUCACUGUUAAAUCCACUCUUGUCAGGCAUCAGUUGGUCCACGCCGGGGAGAAAUAAAUUUCCAUCCAUUCAUUUUGAAAAAA